ACACACACACACACACACACACACACACACACACACACACACACACACACACACACACACACACACACACACACACACACACACACACACACACACACACACACACACACCGCAAUGAAGGCCAACGUCCUCUUCUUCAUACAUUUAACAGCCUUUCUAGGCGCGGCUUCAGGACUGUCAGUAGGACCAGUGCGCCUCUGUAAUGAGCAAAGGUACCUGCACUACAGCACCCCGCCUUCAGAAAACACGAGUCUUAUAGAGUGUCCCUACCAGCUGACUGCAGAAGAGGAGGUGAAGCGCGUGUACUGGGAAAUGUGGGAUGAUGCUGAAUUAAUGGGCACCUAUAAUUGGGAUCCUGUUGACGGAGGCAAAGCUACCGGCAUACUGGAAGGGGUGGUCGAGAUGACUCGGGAUGACGGGGGAUUGCAACUGACCAAACUGAGAUACGAUAUGGCUGGCGAUUACUUGUGUGGCGUGGAACUCACCAAUGGCCAGAACAAGAGCUCCAGCAAAGAGGAAGUACUUGUCGUAGACAACAUGGGAGCGAGCUGGCGAGUGAAUCACUUCGGAAACUGUGGCUCUGCGAUAAGCUUCAAGACCACAGCAAUGUACCCGGAGCCUACAUUGAAAGCUGGGAUGUUUUCUGCAGAAUUAAAUGAAUACUACGAGAAAAUUACCCAAUGGAAUAAGAUCUAUCACAGCAAUGGUUCCGUAACUUGCUUCAUUGAGAACGCUAUCUUCAAGAUCGACGAGAACAGCCCGGAAGAGGUCUUCUUCAAGGUAGACAUGGGCGUCAGCAAGUCCGACGGAAUGUUUAUAUCCUUUAACACAAUUCGCAGCUUCAGCUCUUCAUGGAAUGAGCAUGGCUGCCCUGAUGUAAAGGAGAAAGACCACAAAGGGGUGCGCUACUUCCCGGCCAACAAUGUCGCCUGCCGCGGAGGACAAAAGAACAUGACGGAGGCCACAGUGACGUGCCAGGACGGCUACCGGCCUGCCGGGAGCGUGAGUAUCGUGGUGAUGAGGUGCAACAGCACGACCCGCUUGUGGCAGCUGGAGGAAGGCACAACUGCCACCUCUGACGACCUUGAGUGUGUGGCAGAAUAUGGAGACAACGGAAACGACGGAAACAAGGAAGACUUCAGCACUGGAUGCUCCAGCCCCACCUUGCUCUCCGCUUCUCUCUUUGGAGUCGUUCUUCUCUUCAUCUCCAGUCGUCUUUAGGUUGGGAGCGUGAUAACACGCACAUUGCGUUACCAGCCUGAAGGCACGUAGCCAAACAAACAUUUGUAACUCUUUAAACAAGACAACAUGGUUGUGUGAUGAUAUGAGUAAUUCGAAAUUUGUAAUAUAUAUUCAAGACUAUUUAUUAAAUAUAUGAGCUUUUAUUGAUUAGUAUAAGAAAAUAACAAGAUACUUAGCAAAAUAUUCACUGAUUUAACAAGAAAAAGGAAGACUUAUGAAUUGCGGAGAAGGAAGCUCACUUAAAUAUUGAUAUCGAGUCAGGUAGAAAUUUCAAUACAGUGUGAAGAAAAGUUACUGUCUAUGAAAGGUAAAUAAAGAUUGCCCUAGACUACUCGUGCAAGGAAGACCAGAAGGUAGGAAAUGUGUUAUUUUGAAAAACUGAAAAAAAUGAGGGAAAAAUAUGUUGAUGCGUGAUCCUUAUGGACACGCGGGACUCAGCAGAGAACAUAAUCUUUUAAUUUAUUAGAUUUACUAUAUUUCUUUAUGCAGGAGUUCGAUUUAGCCUUAGCUUACCACAGCUAAACGAAAUUAAGUUCUAGUUUCUCACAACUUCUAUGCUUAACCUCCUUUGGGAGAAGAGGAGAGUAAGUAAGAACCACGUGCAGUCAGUCACGUUCUUAGGGCUGCAGUUUGUGUCUCCUUAGCCCUCACAACAGCAAACCAGUGACACCAUACUGCAGUCCGCGCUGUUGACCUUGGCUCGUUUACAUCAUAUAGCAGAAAACGGAACACUACCAUUCAUUUGUAAGGGGAACACUACCAUUCAACUUAUGAAGUCUCGUUCCCUUGUUACUGUUUACCUUAUAAUACGUAGGUUUCUUGUGUGAAUGAUUAUGCCGCUAGAAAUUAACCAUAUAACGGAAAUAUAUAAAAAUAAUAGGGAUAUGAUGUGAAAAUGCCAAUGUAAAGCA